AUGAUGGCUUCAACUACCAAAUUUCAAUCUCCUGUUAUACCAAGAGAUUCUGAUGGGUUCGUCAAAUCUUUCACGUUGUCAAGCUACAACUGUCCUGAAGCUACUGAAGCACGUACGUUUUUCGAAAAAUACGGUUUCGUAGUGAUUGCAAAUGUCUACACACCAGAACAAUGUAACGAUACUAUCUCAGACAUUUGGAAUGUAAUCGAAUCCUUCGUGAGACAGCCUGUGCGAAAUGACGAACAACUUUGGACUCCCGAAAUUUGGAGUAGAACAGGCAUUGUACACGAAGGUAUCAUUGGUGGCGCUAGUCUGUGGACUCGUCAAAUCUUACUCAAUCGGCAGACACCAGCUCUUCAUACUGCUUUUGCAAGUGUACUUGGAACAGAAAAUCUUCUGGUGAAUCAAGAUCGUUACGGAAUGUUUCGACCUGCUAAAAAACAUCCUGAACGUUCCACGAUGACCAAUUUACAUUUAGAUAUGAAUCCAUGGCUUUAUAUUGACGAAGAAGACAAUUCGAAACAACUGGAAGUUCUCGGUGAGCUAAACUAUGAUUCUGAUGAUGACUGGAUCACCGAGAAUAAUGAGCCCGGGUGUGCCAAAGUCGGUGAACUGCAUGUACAAGGUCUUGUCAAUCUUGCCGAUAAUCUGGAAGAAGAUGGUGGAUUCUGGUUAGUUCCUGGUUUUCACAAAUAUUUACCACAAUGGGCUGCUGAUCAUAGAGAGAUGCUUAAUAUUUAUGGACACUACAAUCAGUUUAUAAUGAUUGGCAGAAAGUACAUUCCAGAGUUAUAUGAUGCUGCUUGUCACAUAUCCAGUCGUGCCGGUUCAGCUAUUCUAUGGGAUCAACGAACAAUGCAUGGGUCGCGAGCGAAUUGCAGUGCGCGCCCUCGAUACGCUCAAUUUUUCAAGAUGUUUCCCGUUGAUCAUCCAGCUAUGACACCAGAGAGAGCAGAAAAACGAAGUAAAACAAUUAUGGUGAAGCUACAAGCCGUUAAUAUUGAUCCAGAGACGGACAUAACUCCGCUGGGUAGAAAGCUCUUUGGUCUUGCAACUUAA